UCACAAAUGGAAAAAUUAAGCGACUCUGAACUUUAUGAGUUAGAGACACAAACAGAAGAGCAGUCCCCUCCAUCCUUCACUCUUAUGAAGAGAAAACAAAGGGUGUGUAGGAGGUAUGCCAGUAAAUGAAUUAUUGGAGGAAAGCCAGCAGAUGGAAAUGAUGAAGCACAGGAAAAGCUUCUGUCUACUAUCCUUCCAAAUACAAUAGAGAAGAAGAUUGAUUUACCAAAGCACAAGUUGAUCUCAGGAUCAGCGAUCUCUAGAGAUGGAAGAUACUACAUAGUCGGAGGCAGGAACUACCUCUCUGUCUUUGACAGUAUCACUGGGGAGUAUCAAUUGAAGAAAUCAUGAAAGCUCUCGAACAUUGCUCAUCAUUUGACUUCGAUUGAUUACAAUGAUUAUUCACAGAAAAUACUUGUAACUACUCUGAACGAAAAAGUUCAGAUCCAUAAUCUUGAGCUUGAUGUGGAGGAAGCCUCCUAUAUGAAGUUGAAAGAAUGCCCGGCUGGUCACUUUUUGCUUGAAUAUGAUGACAAUAGAUGAGCUGUUUUUGAUACAAAAUUCUCUGAAAAAGAUGGAUCCAAAUGAAUAGUCUUACUCAAUAAUGGGUUCUCCAUUUGCGAUUUAGAGGAAAAUAAAGUUAUCACAAAUGUUGCUAACGGACACUGGGAAGAGGUCAACUCAGUUAUGACCAAACCCUUUGGACUUUCAGAGAACACUAUCGUCACUGGAGGAGAUGACGCACUUGUUAAUAUUUAUGACAAAAGAACCAUCGGAUCUAAAGAGGGAAACAAAGCUUGUGGAAAAUUCUUCGGACAUAAUGCUGGAAUUACCAGCGUAGAUAUCACAGAGAGCGGAAACUAUAUCGCAUCAAAUGGAAAAGAUCAACUCAUUAAAUUAUGGGAUAUCAGGAAAGCUCUGCCUCAAGACAUUUACACUAAAACCAAAAGAAAAUAUAUUGAUUUUGAUUAUAGAAAUACUAGUUUUAACAAAUCUAAGAGAUUUGUGCAUGAGGCUGAUAACUCAGUGUAUACCUUUAAAGGUCAUACAACUCAUUACACACAGAUCAGAUGAAAAUUCUCACCUUCUAGCUGGACAAAUGAGAGAUUUAUCGCUUCUGGCUCCUUCUGUGGAUGUACAAUUAUCUAUGAUACAUACACUGGAGAGAAGUUAGGAGCGCUAGCUCCUGCGUCCAAAUCUAUUGCCAAGAUUCCCACUUGGCAUCCACUAGAAAGGAAAUUAAUGUCUACUUCUGAGAAUAAGUUCUUUAUCUAUGAACAUGAUCCAGAGAAGACAACUCUGAAGAGUUGAGUAGGAAAGGUAGAUCUGCACUCAAAGAUCCAGAGGAAAUUCAAAAAGUUACAAAAAGAAGAAGUCAAACAUCACACGGUUGAUUCUUGUAAAAACUAA